AUGGAAAAGCAAUCAGCAACCCUCGGGGUUCCCAGAGAACCGGAACGACCCGUGUCUACAGCCUCCACGCUCCGAGGCGAGGACCUUUCUCAGGAGAAGAAGCAACAGGAUGACGGUACCACGACAGACGGCGAGGCCACCCUCGACGGCACCGAGGAUGAGGUCGACCUCAGCGAAUACCCGACCGGCCUCAAGAUGUUCUUCAUCGUCCUGGCCCUCGUGCUCAGCAUCUUCCUCGUCGCUCUCGACAUGACCAUCGUUGCCACUGCUAUCCCCAAGAUCACCGAUGAGUUCAAGGGUCUCGAUAAGGUUGGCUGGUACGGCGCAGCCUUCUUCAUGACCGUCGGCGCCUUCCAAUCGACUUGGGGCAAAAUUUACAAAUACUUCCCGCUCAAGAUUUCCUUCCUCAUCGCCAUCGUCAUCUUUGAGGUCGGCUCUGUCCUUUGCGGUGCUGCUCCCAACGCCGAGGCCCUCAUCACUGGCCGCGCCAUCGCUGGUGUUGGUGCUGCCGGUAUUGCGGCCGGUGCCUAUACCAUCAUCGCCUUCUCGGCACCUCCCAAGAACCGCCCUGCCUUUACUGGUAUCAUCGGUGCAUCAUACGGAGUCGCGAGUGUCAUCGGCCCUCUCCUGGGUGGUGCCUUCACUGACCAUGUGUCGUGGCGAUGGUGCUUCUACAUCAACCUCCCCAUCGGAGGAGUUUCGGCCCUCAUCAUCUUCUUCUUUUUCCAGACCCCUGCAGCUGCUGUGCCCGAGGACGCGCCGCUCUUGGAGAAGUUCUUGCAGAUGGACCCCCUGGGCAUCGUGCUCGUGAUGGGCUCUACUGUUUGCUUCAUCCUGGGCGUGCAGUACGGAGGCCAGGCUGACCCCUGGGACUCAUCUGUAGUGAUUGGUCUCCUCGUUGGCUUCGUCCUCAUCUCCAUUUCCUUUGGUCUUCUCCAGUGGUUCCAGAAGGAUCGCGGUAUGAUCCCCAUGCACAUCAUCAAGCAGAGAACCGUCUUUGUCAUGAGCGCCUUCGCCUUCCUCUUUGCCGGUUCUUUCUUCCUUGCCAUCUACUACCUCCCCGUCUACUUCCAGUCCGUCCACGGCACCAGCCCCACGUCUAGUGGUGUGCGAAACUUGCCUAUGAUUAUCGCCGUCACCAUCGCCACCAUCGUCAGCGGUGGCUUGGUGACUGCCACGGGCUACUACCAGCAUCUCUUGCUUGGCGGAUCUGCCCUUGCCUGUAUCGGUGCUGGUCUUCUCUACCUUCUCGACGUUAACACUACCACUGGCAAGUGGAUCGGCUACCAGAUCGUUGCCGGUUUCGGCUGGGGUGCUGCCUUCCAAAUCCCCAUGAUCGCCGUCCAGGGUUCCGUCUCGCCUAAGGAUCUUGCCGCCGCCACCGGUGUUCUUCUCUUCUUCCAAGGUCUUGGCGGUGCAUACCUCGUAUCUGGAGCCCAAGCUGCCUUUAUCAACCAGAUGAUCCUUGACGUCAUGAAGCACGCACCCGGUAUCGACAAGGGAAAGCUCAUUCUGACUGGCGCCACUGAGAUCCGAAAUGUCUUCUCGGAUGCUCAACUUCCCUUUGUUAUUGAUGGCUACAUGCAAGGACUCAAGGUGACCUUCGCCAUGGCCAUUGCCGCGACCGGCAUCACUACCUUGAUCGGCCUAGGUACUCGCUGGAAGAAGCUGAACCCCGCGAACCUCACUGGCGGCAUGGCCUAA